AAGUAAAACCCCAUAACUCCUCACAACUUCCUCACCCACAAACACAUUACCUCUCACAUCAAACAGCUCUUAACACAACCACAAUAAAAUUCUCAACAAGAAAUUCAUCAACAAGAAGAAGAAGAAGAAGAAGAAGAAGAAGAAGUGAAACAUAAACAUGCAGAAGAAAUUCUUCAAGAACAAGAAGUAGAAGAAACUGUGUUCAACAAAGCCAAAGAAGAAGAGAAACUACUACUACUACAACAACAACAACAACAAAAAGAAGAAGAAGAAGAAGAAGAAGAAGAAGAAGAGAAGUUGGGUAAUGGAGUUGUUUCCAGCACAACCAGACUUAUCUCUACAGAUCAGCCCACCAAACAACAAGCAAACAUCAAACUGGGUUAGAAGAGAAGAUGAAAACAUGGAGUUAGGGUUUUGGAACAAAGCUCUAGAUUCAAACAACAACUCCAUCAACCUCUCCUCUGAUACCACCUUCAAUCUCACUUUAUCAAACCCUACUCCUUCAUCUACCACCAUCACCACUCUCAACCAUUCUCACCAACCUUCAUCAUUCAUCCAUCAAGAUCUUUCUCUCAUGAGACCCAUCAGAGGCAUCCCUCUCUACCAUCACUCUUCCACUUCUUCUUUCCCUUAUCUUCAUCAUCACCAUCAUCAUCAUCAUCAUCAUCAUCAACAACAACCAACAACAACAACAACAACAACAACAGCAACAAAUUAUUCAUGUGAUUCUUCUUCUAUCACUACUGGUUCAACUCUCUAUGCUGCAACCAGAGCUAGAUUUGUCUCAAGGUUUCCGGCAAAACGAAGUAUGCGUGCACCGAGGAUGCGCUGGACUACUACUCUCCAUGCCCGCUUUGUUCAUGCAGUAGAACUCUUGGGAGGCCAUGAAAGAGCUACACCCAAAUCUGUGCUUGAACUGAUGGAUGUUAAGGAUCUCACUUUAGCUCAUGUGAAAUCUCACUUGCAAAUGUAUAGAACUGUGAAAACUACUGAUAGGCCUCCAGCUUCUUCAGGCCAAUCCGAUGGGUUCGAGAAUGGAUCGUCAGGGGAAGUAUCUGAUGACAACUUGUUCGACAUACAAAAUCAAGGAAGAUCAAAUGGACUUAGCACUGAAAAUUUUGGUAGCAGUCUUUGGAGCAAUUCUUCAAGUAGAGGAAACUGGUUACAUGAAAAUCAAAUUGGUUCUAAUAGAGGAAAUGAUCAAUCUUUUGAGAAGGAAAUGCAAUCGAAAAGCUAUGAAAUGAUGUCGGAAUUGAACACUUCUUGUGUUUCGGAUACGAGCCCGAAGAAACUGAGUCUUGAGUUCACUUUAGGAACACCGCAUUGAGCUCAGUUUCUCUUUGGAAAAUGUCAUUUUUUUUUCUCUUGAUUUUAAUUCAGUGCUCACAUGAAAACCCACUCAAAGAAAAAAAAAGGAAGGGAUUAGUAAUAUGCAUGUGUAUUAAUUUGAAAGUACUUCAAAGUUGAGAAAGAGAAAGAGAGACAUAGCCUAAAGGCUAUAUGUUCUUCAAUCUUAUGAAAUGGAUUUAUUGAUUCAAUAUUA